GAUUGGGGCAGGGGCCUGCCCUCGUCUGCAAGUGGGUCUUUUGCCCCCCAACCUGUGAUGAACCACAGCAUGACGAUCACCCUGGUGCAGGACUGCUUCUCGCAGAAGAGCCUGGCUUGCCGCCUCGUGCCGAUUGAGGAAAACCCCUUGGUGCAGCAGCUGCCGAAAUCCGUACAGGAUCCCGUUGGUGCGGACAUCACGGACAUCCCAGAUGCUGUGGCAAACAUCCAGGUGGACUUCUGGGCCGAGGGCCGCCCUACCCGCGCCACGGCCCGGGCUCUUGGCGAGGUGCUCCUGAGCCGGCUACAGAGAAAAAGCUGCGGUCAGCUUCCGGCUACAUCCGUGGAUGUUCUCGUGACCGGCUGCGAGGUAAGCCUCUGGGUCGGCGAGCAAUUUGCCGCAGACCUGAGGAUCGCGCCGGAGGAUCCACCCAUUCACUCUCAGAUCGCUCCGGCGGAUCCACCCGUUCAAUCUCAGCUAAAUCCCGACGCCCCCGAGUUCGACUUUGCGGGAGUCAGUGGCGAGACGCAGUUCGGGUCAGAGUCCUACGUGUACUUGCCGCUUCCGGAGUACACCGUGCAGGAGUGGUGUGACUAUCUCUACUACCUGCAGGCAAACCGGGUUCUGCUGACACCCGAGUAUGCUGCCUACAUCUGUGAGCUGACCCGUCUGCUGGGCAUGCCGAUGAUGGAGUACCUGGACUGGAGUGCGGCAAAUCCCGAGGCGAAUUUCAAGAAGGCUGAGGGAAAAGGCUUCUCCCAGCUGAAAUGCGACACCCAGCCCAAAGACCAGGGCUGUUUGCCAUGCCGGUUUGGGUUCUCAGUUUCAAACGAGGAGAUGCGCAUCGCAAGUUCCCAUUUUACCGAGAGCAAGUGCAUCGUCGAGCUACCUGACGCAAUGUUUCACGUGUUCGGAGCCACCGGUCGAGACCAAUUGGUGGAAGUAACAGCUCUUAUCGAGCUGUGA